UAUGUGAUUGCAAAUACCUAAAGAGUCAUAAUCACUUAUCAUAAAUAUAUUUAAUUACAAAUCUGUAAAUGUAUACAGCUACUAAUCCCUAAGGUAAUAUAACUACUGAUGACCUCAUCAUAGUAUGAACUACGCGCACUCAAAAUAUGCGAUUUUUCACAGCAGUCACUAACUGAGGCAAAACAACUAGUAGGGUAUUGUUUACUAUUAACCAACGAUAAUAAUAACAAUGUCUCUAAAGUCUUCAUCAGAUUCAUCCGUAUAUUUCUAUAAAUUCAUUGUCAAUCAUCAAGUAUUUUUCAAAUCCAAAUAUUCAUAUGCUCUUGUAAAUCUCAAACCCAUUGUACCAGGCCAUGUACUUGUCGUUCCUCUUCGAACUUCAGCACUUCGAUUGGCAGAUUUAUCGGGUCCUGAAUCUAUUGAUUAUAUGAAUACUUUACAACUUGUUCAUAAGUUCAUAGAAACUCAUUAUAAAGCAGAUUCACUCAAUAUUGCUAUUCAAGAUGGACCAGAAGCUGGUCAAAGUGUGCCUCAUCUUCAUACUCAUAUAAUCCCUCGAUUUGCAACUGAUAAUUAUGGGGAUGCGAUAUAUCUGAAAAUAGAGAAAUUAGAUUUGUAUAGUCAAUUUGAAGUUAGACGUCGUCUGUUUGUUGAAGCUUCUACUAAUGGUUCCAAAUUGGUAGUCAAGGCUGAUGAAGACAGAAUUCCACGAACUGAUGAAGUUAUGAAAUCUGAAGCUGAUAGACUUAGAGCAGAGAUAGGUAAAUACAUUACUGAAAACAACAUUCAAGUGGAUAUUUAGUAUAAAUAUUAUCAGAAAUGUAUAAAAUUAGCAUAUAGUUAAACUAACUUAGCUUAACGUAACUUAACUUAGCUUAACUUAACUUAUCUUCACAGCUUAACAGUA